GAAGCGGAAGCGGGGUCGCGGCGAUCAUGGUGCCGCUGGGGCGGGGAAGGAGCCGCCGCCGGCACCCGAUGAGCCGUUGCGGGCGGAGCUCGCGGUGAGAGGCGCGGAGCCAUGGGCGAGAACAGCCCCGAGGGCAACGCCGUCUACUAUGAAGGGGAGGAAGACGAUUUAGCCCAGGAUGAAAAUAUGAUGAGGUUCGCCGACAAAAACGGGCUGGUGUCCUCCUCGUCCGGGACGGUGUAUGACAGGACAACCGUGCUCAUCGAGCAGGACCACAGCGUGCUGGAGGAUGAGGAGGAUGAAGGACAGUGCGGUGACCACUUGCCUUUUUUACCCGAGGGUCACGAAGAAGGAUUUCAUUUAAUAGCAGAUCAUGAAGGGAUGUCACAGGGUUACGUGCAACACAUUAUUUCUCCAGAUCAGAUUCACCUGACAAUAAAUCCUGGUUCAACUCCCAUGCCGAGGAACAUCGAAGGAGCAACUCUCACUUUGCAGUCUGAGUGCCCAGAAACCAAGAGGAAGGAAGUGAAGCGCUACCAGUGCACCUUUGAGGGCUGUCCCCGCACCUACAGCACCGCUGGCAACCUGCGCACGCACCAGAAGACGCACCGGGGGGAGUACACCUUUGUGUGCAACCAGGAGGGCUGUGGCAAGGCCUUCCUCACCUCCUACAGCCUCAAAAUCCACGUCAGGGUGCACACCAAGGAGAAACCCUUCGAGUGUGACGUGCAGGGCUGUGAGAAGGCGUUCAACACCCUGUACAGGUUGAAAGCACAUCAAAGGCUUCACACAGGGAAAACAUUUAACUGUGAAUCAGAAGGCUGCAGCAAAUACUUCACAACGCACAGUGACCUGAGGAAGCACAUCAGAACACACACAGGAGAAAAGCCAUUUCGGUGUGAGCAUGAUGGCUGUGGGAAGGCUUUUGCUGCAAGCCACCACCUCAAAACACAUGUUAGAACACAUACUGGGGAGAAACCCUUCUUCUGUCCCAGCAAUGGUUGUGAGAAGACUUUCAGCACCCAGUACAGUCUCAAGAGUCACAUGAAAGGUCAUGAGAAGGGACAAACCUAUAAUGCACUUCCCAAUAACAAUGUGUCUGAGGAUACAAGUCACUCACUGUGUCUGAGUGAUUUAAGCCUCAUAUCAACAGAUUCAGAAUUGCGGGAGAACUCUAAUCCAACACAUGGACAGGACCUCAGCACAAUCUCACCAGCAAGCAUCUUUGAGUCUAUGUUUCAGAGCCCAGACCACACUGCAAAUCAGGAUGACUCUCAGCAGACAGCAGCUCCGUUGAUUGAAGGGUUUAACGGCGACGCCGACUCGGUGGCUGCGGUCCCGCCCCCAGCAGCAGACGCGGCCUCCUUGUCCCUCCCCCUGGUGCUGCAGCUCGGCCUCCCCGAGCCGGCUCAGGCAAACCCCGCUGCUCCCUCGUCCAUCGCCCCCAGCUCACAGCCAGCUGCGUUUGGGAAUCCUGCUACUGUUUUACAAUCCCCAGAAGUGCCUGUUCCUCACAGCACACCGUUUGCAGCCAGUCACCAAGACUUCCUGCAGCACAGCCAGCCUCCACCACAGCCCAUCGUUCAGGGACUCUCAGUGGUUGCUGGGGCUCCUGCCCCCACAGCCCCCAGUGGCACUGAGCCCCUGCCAGCUGUAGUUCAGACUGUGCCUGUUGGUGCAAACCCUGUUCUGACCAGUAACCCCACUAUAACCAUUACUCCUUCUCCAAGCACCGCCAUUCUGCAGCCCAGCAUUGUCAUGGGAGAGCAGAACUUACAAUGGAUCUUAAAUGGUGCCACUGGUUCCCCACAAAGCCAAGAACAAAUGCCACAAGUUCCAAAAGUAGUAGAAAAGGUGUUUUUUACCACUGCAUUACCAGUAGCUGGUAACACAGGAAACCCUGUUCAGCAGAUUGGUCUCAGCGUUCCUGUUAUCAUUAUCAAGCAGGAGGAGGCCUGCCAGUGCCAGUGUGCCUGCCGAGACUCUGCCAAGGACAAAGCCACCUCCACCGUGAAGAAGGAAUGUUCCUCACCUGAUUCAAAAGCUUUGGAGCAGCCAGCUUCCCAGCUGCAGCCUCAGACCUUUCCUUCCUCCUCUGCUCCUGCUUCUUGUGGGCAGAGCAGUCAGAUAGUUAACCCUUCAGACUCCCAGACUGAAACAUUAAGUGCCAUGGAUGUAUCGGACUUCCUGUCCCUCCAAAGCCCCGAAACCCCGUCUAAUAUAAUUCCAAUUGAAGCACUACUGCAGGGUGAGGAAGAAAUUGGUUUGAAUAGCAACUUCUCUAAGUGAAGAUGUUCCAGAUUUUCCUUUGCACCUGGAGGGUAAAACCCUUCUCCUUUAGAAGCAGAAACUGAAGGAUCCAUUCUUAUUCCUUCCUCUUUGGAAGUUUUGUGGCUUAUUUCUGCUUCACGGAUGUCAUCUUAGUCACGUCCCAGGUACAUCCACCUUUGAGAUUCUAUCUAAAAAAAAAGAAAAGGUAAAUGAAAAAAAAAAAAAAAAGAAAUAGCUAAGUUAUAUAUGAACUGUUUUGGCUGCACUGUCUGUCACUUUUGCUUGUCAUAUGUGAACACAGAAGUUAAGGUUACUCGUGUGCAAAAAGAUUUUUAAAAGGAAAUGGGGGGUUACUUUGUCUCCAAUUGCACAUCACUUAUGUUUGGGAUUAAGGUACUGGCAGCAAGUGGGUCUUUGUUACAACUUCUUGGGUCUCUAAUCUUCUCCUGUCUCUCAUGUCUCUACUAACCAUGCACUAAGGGGAGCCCAGGAAAGGAGGCUGUGGGGGAGGAAAUGCCACAGCUGGGGAGAGGAUUUACCUGCAGUGUGAUUGGAAUGUGAUGGUCACAUACCUGGUGGGGAGCUGGUGCCUGGUUUUGCUGUGUACUGCUGCUCUUACUGAAGCCUCCAGGAGCUUUGGGGGAGUUUAUUCAGAAUAGAUCUGUUCAUUUAAUUCCACUAGGACUCGAGUGUGUUGCAGACACUGUGUCACAACAUGGAAGCACAGUUGGAGCCACUGCUGGCUCUGGCUCCAGAGUCUUUUCUUGGCCUCUCCAAAGGGUGCAGUGAGUGCCAGGUGUGGUCAGGUUGGUGCCUGCUGCUCUUUUGGUUUCUUAGGCUCUGUUCAGCACCAAGUCAUCAUCCUAACCCUGGGACUGUUGAAUCAGGAGCACGGUGCCUUUGCUGGUUACUCUCAUCUUUUGUGAAGAACAACCCUUAAGAAAAUUUUGAGAAAGAUUCAACAUAAAUUGAGUUGGAAUUCAGUGAGUCUGUCCUUCAGUUGUCCAUACAUGCUUCUUUUUUUUUUUCCAGUGAGCUAUAUAAUUUCUGCCUGACUCUGCCUCCAGCCUGCUGCAAUGCCAGCUUUUUGUGCACGGGGCUAUUUCUUGACUAAAAGAUGUUACUCAACAGAAUAGUUUUUCAUAUCAAACUGAGAGUCUAUAUUCUAACCUACUCAGGGUAAAUCAAAUCCAAACCCCCCCUUCCACCAAAAAGCCUGUAAUGUUGCAAUAAAUGCAGUCUCAUUCUAAA